AUGUACAUUCCCAACCAGCAGACUAUUGAGCUGUCAUGGCCGUUGACGCGUGACGAAAGCCCCGAGCCUGUGAGCUUCACAUUUGCUUCAAGGGCCGCAGUAUCAAGCACAAAUAGUACGACCAACGUGGACGACCUGAACCCUCCGAAUUACAAUGGGACAGCAACAGCAUUUAUUGCUGUGUCAAUUACCGUUCUUAUAUUCCUUGCCCUCAUUAUAUCGUACGUCGUUUAUCGCAAAAUUCGCAGCGGUGAGGACGACUCUGACAACGAGUCAUCGACAUCCGACUCGGCCUGGCGAGUCGAGGCCGAAUAUGGCUCUCCGAGCAGCAGCAUCGCCGCCAAACACCGCAAAAGGAUCAAGAAGCUCGAGCAGGUGGCACCUUCGCAAACGUUGCGCCACUGGCGCUCCGACAAAGAAGAACAUCACGUCAAGACCUUCGCCACUAUCUCGACCAAGCUCAUCUGUGCCAUCUGCCUGGACGUAAUCCAAGACUCCGAUACUAUACGGGAAUUGCAGUGCUGCCACGUCUACCACACCAAUUGUCUCAAUCUCUGGGUUGAACGUGCACACCAUGACUGUCCGUUAUGCAAGUACGAUAUCCUGGGAGCCCACCAAGAUCCACAGAAGGUCAGGGCAGCUGGACAGGCGGUGCCGGAGGGGGGAGAUUCGCAUUCUGAGCAUCUGGAAGGACCGCGUGAGCAUCCUGCGGUAACAGCAUCGAGAGAGCUGCAGACACGGAUACAGCAAGCAAAUGUGCCAUCUCCUGCGCGUCCCACGGCAACCGCCGAGGUCGCUGCUGAGCCACCGACAGCAGACAAUAAUGAUACGGAGGAGACACAACCCUCAGUUCAUGGUGCGAAUGCCGAAGAGUCUAGCGGGCGUCAAUUACCUUGA